GACACCGCUUCCUGGUGUGGACUAAAUAAAAUGGGCUGAUGCUAUGAGAAGGUUGAAGUGUUCGAGUCGGGUUCAAAUGCUCCACUUCUAACCCUCACCGUGCCUUUUUCAUACAAGCAAGAACAGAAGAGGCACCGUAUUCAGUUGAAGGAAUGUCAGCUGUAAACAAAUCUGCUGAGGAUGACGGCUCCUCUUCGUCAAAGGUCAUCAAAAUUGUGUUUAUCCUCCUGCUGCUGGACCUGCUGGGAUUCACUGUGAUCCUUCCACUCCUGCCUUCAAUUUUAGACCAUUAUGCACAAACGGGGGAUGUUGUGUAUGAGUCCUUGCAGGGUGUUGUGGACUGGUUCAGGGAGGCUGUGGGGAUUCCUAUGGAAAAGAAAUACAACACAGUCCUGUUUGGAGGUCUGAUUGGAUCGCUGUUUUCCCUACUGCAGUUCCUCUUCUCACCCAUAACAGGGGCUCUGUCAGACCGCUAUGGCAGAAGACCACUGCUCAUCCUCACCACACUAGGGCUGAUGUCCUCCUACGCUAUCUGGGCAGUUUCCCAGAGCUUCAAGAUGUUCCUUUUGUUUCGAGUAAUUGGGGGCAUUUGUAAAGGAAACGUCAGUCUCUGCACUGCCAUUGUGGCCGACUUGCCUUGCCCAAAAGCCCGAAACCGAGGAAUGGCUAUGAUCGGCAUUGCCUUCUCUGUGGGCUUCACAGUGGGACCUCUGAUGGGCGCCUACUUUGCCAUUAGCUCAAAAACAACAGGAGGUAUAUUCUACCAGACUCCAGCACUGCUCGCCUUGGCCUUCAGUGCUGCUGAUCUGCUCUUCAUUUGGCUCAUGCUACCAGAGACACUCACAAAUAAAGUCAAGGCUUCAUCCUCAGGGUCUGGGGACUCCAGGGACCUUCUGAGCCCAUUGUCCCUCUUCCAUUUCUCAGCUGUUACAAGAACAAAAGAUCCGCCUUCCAAAGCAAGAAUGCAGAAGCUACAAGUGCUGGGCCUGAUUUAUUUCUGCUACCUCUUCCUGUUCUCUGGUCUGGAGUUCACUCUGAGUUUUCUGACUCAUCAACGUUUCCAGUUUACAAGUAUGCAACAGGGAAAGAUGUUCUUCUUCAUUGGUGUCAUCAUGGCUUUAAUUCAGGGGGGUUAUGCGCGAAGAAUCAAACCUGGGCACCAUAUCAAGGCCGUUCGUAUGGCAAUCAUAACAUUAAUCCCUGCAUUUAUUCUCAUCGGACUCUCAUGGAGCAUGGCGAUGCUCUAUGUUGGCUUAGCAUUAUACUCAUUUGCAGCUGCAAUAGUAGUUCCAUGCCUGUCCACUCUUGUGUCUGACCAUGGCUCUGCCAGUCAGAAGGGCACAGUAAUGGGGAUCCUACGUAGUUUGGGAGCUCUGGCCAGAGCACUUGGACCAGUGAUGUCAUCCUCAGUGUACUGGAUUGCUGGAGCUCAGACAUGUUUUCUCCUCACAUCAGCCUCCUUUAUCAUCCCUCUACUUCUCCUUAAAACAGCUGGAAGGCUAAAGGAGGAGUGAGGGAUACCAAGAGUCAAUUUAGUGUUUGAUAGUUUUAUUGUGUUAUGAUGUUUACAUCUGUUGGGGGAAAAGCACUGAAUUAGAACUUUGACACAUGCAAAAAAUAAUUAUUGAGGUUUAGACUGUUGUGCUGUUUCAGCCAUGUAUCAACACAUGGAACAAAAUAAUGAAAGCACAUUGUGCCAUAUAGAGCAAUAUUACUAAACAAAGAGUAAACAUGAUGCCUUUGAAUGUAAUGUGAUGCAUAUUGUGAAUUGCACAGGUUGGCUUGAUUUUGGUUGCAAAUAACGAGAAGAUUUAUCAAACAUUGCUAUCUUUUUAUAAUGUAUUUUAUCUAUCACCCAGAGUUUCUGUUUUUUUUUUUUUCUUUUAAAGAAGCCCUUUAUUUUAUAUCAAUUGCAGGAUGUUACUGUUAUAUUUUGUGAUUUAUAAAAAAUAAAGUAUAGACUGAAUCAAACACCUUUCUCUGGAAA